AUGUCGUGCCCUGAAUGUUUCAACGGUCAUGUCCAUCAAGGUACUCUACGAGGUGAAGUCACCACCAUACAUGGAUUACAGGCCUACACCACCAAGCCUUCCAACGAUGCAGCCCACCGAGGAAUCAUCGUUAUAGUUCCCGACGCCUUCGGAUGGGAAUUCGUGAAUAACCGUAUCCUGGCCGAUAAUUAUGCCGAUAAGGGAAAGUACCUCGUCUACCUUCCUGACUUCAUGAAUGGGCAUGCGGCACCGGUCAACAUGUUGUAUAACACGAGGGAGUUACUCAGAACAGAUGGACUAGCAACUUGGCUCAUGAAGCCCUAUUAUGUGGCCUGUGUGAUGACUCAAAUCAUCCCCUUCAAAUACCACAAUUCUUUCGAGACUGCAUGGCCUAUCGUGAGAGACUUCUUCAAGUCCGUGCGAGAAAACGAGGGCUCCGAGCUUCCUAUCUAUGCAGCUGGGUUCUGCUGGGGAGGAAAGCAUACCGUAAAUCUGGGCUUCGGGGACGACACAGCUUCCAACGGAAAACCUCUUCUUAAUGCUGGGUUCACCGGUCAUCCCAGUAACCUCGAGAUUCCCAGUGAUAUCGAGAAGAUUGUCAUUCCUAUUAGCUUUGCCCUUGGCGAUAAGGACAUGGUUGUGAAGCCUCCACAGAUAAAGCAGAUCCAACAGGUCUUUGAGAAUGAAGCUAAAUCGACAAAAGGAGAGGUGAGGGUCUAUGAAGGGGCCGGUCAUGGGUUCUGUGUGCGAGCUAGUCUUAUUGUAGGGGAUGCAAGCAAGCAGGCUGAUGAGGCGGAGGACCAAGCACUAGCUUGGUUCGAGAGACAUUGA